AUGGGUCGCACGGCACUGGCGAUCGCGGUGGCCUACGAUGAUCGCGCCCGUGUCGACUGCCUCGUCAAGCACGGCGCACUCGUCAACACACGCGACCAGAAUGGGUCGAGUCCGCUCCACGACGCCAUUUGCUAUCGCAGAAUUGACAUGGCACGACAGCUCAUUGCGGCCGGCGCUGACGUCAACGAAGUUUUCAGGGACAACCGUACGCCACUCUACGCUGUAAGCAAGAGCGAUUCGGACGAUUUUGCGAACGCGCUCAUCCCCGCUCUCAUCGCCGCGGGGGCCAACGUCCAAGAUGCCAUGACGUCUGGGUUUUGCCAAGUCGGCUGGUCCGACAUCAAGGUGGACCGCGUGCGGCUCUUCUUAGCCCAUGGCGCGCGCUUCGCCGACAUGCCUCCGAUUCACAACGACUCGAUGGUUGUCCAAAUUCCGUACUUGCAGCUGUACCUUGAACAAGGCGGCAAUCCCAACAAGCAAGACGAGACGAGCAUUAUGCCGCUUCUGUACUAUGCUCUCGCAAAGCGAUCGUGGAAGGCCGUCGAGCUUCUAGCACCAGUGGCCGACAUCAACUUUAUCGACUACGCGACUCCGAUUCCCCACUGGCGCGCGUCAUUGAAGUAUUCGACCAAGGCGUGCGUCGAUAUGGCGCCGCUAAGCCAGGCCAUCAACAACAACCUCGACACCGCACUGCUUGAGCAAAUGCUGCACCACGCUAGCGUCCCGCCGCCAGAGUACUAUGUCAAGGCGUUCAAGAUGGCACUUGAAGCCAAGAGCGCGUCCAACGUGGCGCUGCUCGCAUCCAAGGUCGACCUCAAGUCCGAGUGCUUUCUUCACUACGCGGUCCGCAACCCCGACUUUGUGGCGGUGUUGUUGGAACUGGGCGCAGAUCCCAACCAGCGCGACCAGGUAUGA